AUGUCCACGGAGAGAAUCAUUUCAAAUCAACUUAUUGCGAUUGGGGAGUCGAAGUACAAGGAGUUUACUGUAUUAAACAACUUCUGGACUAAGCAACAUGUUUUUAUUAAGGAAUGGAGCAGUACACUUGAGCGGAUGAAUUCAUUACUUCAAAAUGAAAUUCAACUGAUAGAGUCGACGUUUUAUAAUAACACCAUUGGGUUUUGCCCCGAUGAUGGUGAAGUCAUAAUCAGUGCAUUGAGUUAUAUCAACAACACAAUUUCUAUAUUUGCCAACGAGUCGAAAGAAAAUUUCACUAAAGUACUAGACUCGUUGGAUGUCAAAUUCAAUGAAAUAGAAAGCGAAUUUAAAUCAGCAGGGUACUCUGAAAAGUCAAAAGGAGAAGAAGCUAAUGAAAAAAUCGUGACUCUAUGGCAUAGCCUAGAGAGUAUGGCGACUGUCAAUAUCACAAAAAUGUUUUCUGAUUUUCUGGACGAGUUUGACAAUUACUUUAAAAUGGGGAUCACGUUUAUUGAAGAAAGUGACCGUUUUAAAGUAAUGAAAGAGAGCUUCAAGAAACGGCUGAAAGAUGAAGAAUUUAAACAACACACGUUAGUCAAUUAUGCACAAGUCCCAAUUCAUGUUAUUCUCGAACACGAACAACGGACUAAAAGAGAUUUACCAAAGGCAGUUGAACAGAUCCAUUUACAUCUUACUAAAAAUGGCUUAAACGUGAAAGGAAUAUUCAGAGAGAGUGGAGCUACUGCACAUUAUUUACAAGAAUUAUAUAUGCGGAUGUCAGUCACCAACUUUUUAGAGAUCCCUCCCGACAUCACUGCAGCCGUUUAUAAAAAGUUCUUAAGAGAGAUUCCCGGGCAUAUCUUCAAUACAAGUCAAACAACAAAUUUAGUUGAGAAAAUGAGCUUUUCUAAGACCGAUAAAGAGAUGAAUGAAAUUGAUAUAUUAAAAUCAGCUCUAGAACAAUUACCAGAAGAAUUAAAUACUCUCUUCACUCAUUUACUUCGACUAUGCUUUAAAAUAGCUCAAAACGAAAAAAUUAACUCAAUGGGAAGUAAAAAUCUCGCCGUCUGUUUGACACCUUCAGUCUUUUCUAUACCAGAAGGAGAAACAGGUCAAUUCAUGUUACCAUCCCUUUUAGGAAUUAUGACCCUCUUCAUUAAUAACUUCUCAACACUCUUCCCUAGAUUCGCAGAUCCAACACUCGCUUUCGCUAAUGGCUCAAAAUCAAUCGCUGAGAAAAGAGAACGAGCCGCUACCGUCUCUGUCUCACAACAACAAACAUCACAAGUCCCUCGCAUCGUUCAACAACAAAAAAGACACGUCUUGGAAAGACCUUCGGACGUCGCGUUCUUAAGUCUCGACCCACCCUCAGUCCCUAAACGCCCACCUACUAUGCAAAUCGGAUUCAAAAAAGAGGGGAAGCCAAAAGUGGGUGAAACAAAAGAAAGUGAAAAACAGCAAAAACUCAAUAAAUCAGACGGGACUAAACUAGAAAAUACUAAAAUCCAAGCUAUUAAAAUAGAAAAGCAUAAAGAGGAAAAAAGAGAUGAACCUGAGUUGAAGAAAAAUCUCAACAAAUCAGACCCACCACCAAAAUUCGAAAAUCUCGAAAAAUCUGACAAAGUCGAGAUCGCCGAGAUCGCUCACUCAGAAAAUUCUACUCAACUCGAAAAGCCUAAACAAAAACCUUUGCCUCCUUCUCGAAAAGCCCCGCCACCAUCAAAAUCACCAAAGUUCACCCGUCAAACUUUAAACCCAAAAGCUCUCGAGGACGACGGAUCUGAAUUAAUGGAAUUACUAAGCAAGAGAAGAGAGAAAAGCCACAUUGACUAA